AUGAGUGCCAGACCAAAUAACGCCGGGCGUAUAGAUGCCUUCGCCGCUAUGGAAACAUGUAGAGAAAAGGAUUGUCUGCUGGAUAAACUGACCUACCAAAAGGCCAAGAUCGAGAAGCUUUCCCAAAAGUUGGUCAGACUCCAGGCAAAGGUGACUCAGCAGCUACUUGAGCACGAAGACUUGGAAGAGGAGGUUAAGAUUUUGACCGGAAAUUGGAUGAAUUUAAAGAAUUGUAUUCUUUGCGAUAAGACUUGGAACGCAGUGGGCAAGCAUCGCGUGGCGUCCUUGAAUUGUGGCCAUUUGUUUGGGAAGAAAUGCGUGAAGAAAUUUGUAGCUGUCUAUAAGAUGUGUCCCGGCUGUGAACAGCCAGCCGAAGUCGAAGACUUGCGCUACAUCAACGGCAUUUGA